UGGAAAUGAUGAAUUUGAUUGUAACAGGAGUGAUUAAGGAAAAUGAAGUUGCUGAGAGGUUUUUAAAAGCGAAUUCCAGUGAAGAACUGUUUCAGACUAAAAUUGACGAUAUUCAGCCAAAUCGUGUUGUUUUGAUGAUAAAAGUCAACGGACAAGAAUUCCAAUCUAACGACCAAUUUAUAGAGAAAAUGCUCAAAUUCUUAGUCAAUGUUUUGAUACCUGAAGAAGAGAAUGGAUUUCCAAAUUUGAUAAUUGACACCGUCAUUAUUGGUUUUGCCGAUAGAAUAACCCUAGAAAAUCCACCAUCACAGGAGGAACUUGUCAAAUAUGCGCAAAGAGCUGAGAGAUAUAACUUGUUUCUGUCCGUAAGUCUCAACAGAAAAUUCGAUUUGAAAUCUAAAGAUGAUGGUUAUUUGGACAUUUCAGAUUGUACCAUUCUAUGCAAGAAAAUGGUGUUCACGGAUAGUAAAGGAUUACUUAUUUAUGAUAAAACCAAUGACGAUAUUGAUUAUAUACCUCUGCCAGAAAAAACACGUUAUGUAACAGAAAUAGACAACGAUACUGUCGCAGUAUCAUCGGAAUGGAACUGGAAUAUCAAGAUUAUAAGUUUGACAACUAAGCAAGUAUCCAUUUCAAUAGAAACAAGCGGUUAUUGCUAUGGUGUUUCAUUUUAUGAGAACAAGCUAUAUGCCGCUUUCAAAAAUGGUAAUAAAGUUGAUGUCCAAGUUAUAGAUCGCGAUAGUAAGAACGAAUAUCAAAGUAGAAACGUCUUACUAAUUUAUUCCGAUAGUGUACGUUAUAUAACAGUCAACGGUGGUAAGUUAUUCUACACGGCCGAAUCUAUUUUGUACUGCUGUGAGUUGAAUGGAAAAAUUCAAUGGCAGUUUUCUGAUGAAAAAUAUUCAUGUUUGCUAGGUGUCACGAGUGAUGGAUAUGGAAAUGCCUUUGUGUCUUGUUUGAGUGCCCAUGCUGUCUUAUUAGUUUCAGGUGGUGGGAAAAAAUGCAGAGAAAUUCUGAAUAGGUCUAAUGGAUUGACACUUCCAAGAGGAAUUCAUUUUGCCAAACACGAAAAAUUACUUCUUGUCUGUAAUAGCAUCGGUAAAGUGUCCAUAGUUGAUGCUAGAUAAUCAGGCUUACAAAGCGUAGAUAAUUUCAGAAUGUGAAGACAAUUUCAUGGUGCAGUACAAAACCAAUUGAAUAACUUGUAAAUAAUCUCAAAAGUCAAAAUGUUUCCUAUAUUAAAUACAUUAUCAUGAUGAUCCUUUACAUUUGUGGAUCAAUUUAGUACAUUUGUAAUCUUUAUAUAUAUGUUACAACACAUUAUGGAAAAUUUCAAGACUGUCUGCUCUUAAAUACCAUUCAUGAAAAAAAGCUAUUCCAAGACUGAAGGAAAGUGGCUUUUGAUGUUUUAUAAUUUGGUAAUACAAAAUGAUGAUUAUUCAAGAAUGAGCAGCCAAAUAUACAAUUGCGUUUGCUAAUAAUUGCUUAUUUCCACUUUAUUUAAACUUCGUUGUAUAGUUGUGUCAUUGUCAGUCCUACCACAUCUUCUAAUUUUCAUUAUGUCACGUUAAUAUGAAAUCAUUAAUAUAACUUGUAUAUCAUUCCAAAAAAAGCAAGAUUUUCCUAGGUUAUACUUUCAUAUUUUGAAUAACAAAUUGCAUUAUUACAGUUUAUUUGUAAAAGUAAUUUAUAAAAUCAGGGAUUUUGUAAAAUUACUAAUAUUUCAGGGAUUUUGUAUAAUCACUAAACUGAUUUGUGGUUCUAUUAAAGCUCUGAUUUUUCCUAGAGAUUUUAAAAAUCACUGAAAUAAUUAGGAUUUUCUUUACAGAUUCCCUAAUUCAAUUUCAAGGAAUUCAAAACAAAAAAAAAAUAGUUUGGAUCCUAAACUAGAAACAAGUUUGAACACAUUGAUUCUCUGUUUUUGAGUCCGUCAGCUGUAUCUAUUGGACAAUUCAAUAUGUUUUCGUCAUGUAGUUAAACUGUCUUUAAUUAGUGAUGGACAAGGUUUUUCCAAAUGUAGCUCAGUAGAUGUCAUCCAAAUUUAUCAUGCAUGUCUUUCAUUCAUAAUCAAUGUAAAAUAGUUUAAACUAAAAGUGUUUAUUUUAAAAAAUGUAUUUCAAAAAUCAUAGAUCUAUUCAAAAUAAGAAAAAAACACAUUUCUAAGCGCAAGUUUGGACUUGGAAUAUGGAAUUGUACAAAUAAGCUAUUUUAUAAAAUCACUGAAACUGUUAGAAAUUUUACAAAAUCACCAAAUAUUCCAGGAAUUUUACAAAGACCCUGAUUUCACAAAUUCACUGUAAAAAUAUGUAUAUGUAUAUAUACAGGUACAUUUCUGUUUAAAAGCAUCCUGGUAAAUUGAAAUGCGAGUCUUUAUGCUAUGAAAUAUCGUACAUGUUUAGCUUAAUUCUAUAGAAAAAUUAUAUUUGAGCGUGUUAUUUUGUUUGUAACCCUCCGCAGUCUUACUUUAGUAUACAAAAAUAUGUUGAAUUUGAAUGAUUAGCAAAAAAAGGUUAUCUUCUAAUGAAGAUUGAGAACAAUUUCUGGAGAAGAUUUUUGUAAACUUACUAAACAUUGUCUUGUUUUAGCAAAACAUAAUCAUGAUAGAACUGGUAUUGUUGCAGAUAUAAAGCAAAACCGUUUGCGUUGUGUGUGUCUAAGAUACCAAAGACGAUCUCGUUUAGCGAAAUAUAUUUUUUGCUAUAUCUCGCAAACAUAAGCCCGCAGUAGAUCUAUAAGUUGAGUUUGUAUUUCUUAUUCUCUUUAUCGGACAUUAAUAAUAAGUCAAACCCCUUAACAUCAGGGUUUUCUAAAAAGUGUCGAGGGAUUCCAGGGAAUUAGCAUCAUUAAGUGUAUUGGGACCUUUCCAGUUUUGUAGUCUUUAAAGGUUUAUCGUUCCAUUGUCCUGUAAUAAUAGUUUCAAUGCAACCAAGUGUUUGUUGAAAAUAAUUGGAUACAUCUUUCCUAAAAUGUGACCUACCGAAUUAGACUUAUAAAACUUGAUUACGACAUGGACAGCAACACGACGGGUGCCACAUGUAGGGCAUGAUCUACCUAAAAGAGGGGCGAAAGAUACUUACUUUCCCGGCACACAUUAAGUCACCCAACGUUUUUGCUGUGGUUUGUGUUGCUCAGUCUUUUCCCCCAUGUUUUGUUUUGUGUACAGUUGUUCUUUUCUUUUUAUACAAGGCAUUGUCAGUUUAUUUUCGACUUAUACGUUUGAAUGUUUCUUUGAUUUUGGUAACUGACGCUUUUCUUUUUCUGUAAACUUGAAAGUUUCAAUUUUCUGUUGCAUGGAGAGUUUACGAUAAACUUUGUCAACAGGGAACCCAAGUAAAUAUGAAAUGCAAACACAAAUUAUUUGUGUAAAUUGAAAUAAAAAUGACUGAUUUCAUUUUAUAUAAAAAAAAUGUUUCUGAUUGGUUACUUAUAAUUAAGCUGAAAACUAUAUUGUUUUAAUCUCAGUGACUUUGAUCCAUUUGCACUUGAUUUAAUCACUAAUUGAACAAAUUCGUAAUAAACGUUUGGAAAAAAAACUUUCUUGUUAUGUGUUUGAAUAAUGAUAAACAUUGUAAAAUUU